AUGGCUUUCCUUUCUGGUGCAGAGUCAGAUUCUACUCUAGUUGUAACAAGCAUGGAUUCCGAAUGCACUCCUGGAGCCAAAAACGAAAUAGGUUUUGAAAAAGAUUGGUUCAAUGCGACCGUUGAAAGCGAAGUAUGGCGCGGUAAUAAACUGCGUAAAAAAAAACCACAACCAGAUUCGAGUUACUAUGAAACAAGUGUAGCCAAUAUCGAUUUUUUAGGAUCGUUCGUGAAGCAAUGCCAAAAAAAGCGAAAUAAAUACUCUAAAAACAAGACGAACCCAAGUUCACCAACCUCAAAAUCUCCGUACCGACGGCGACCGACUUCAGCUGACACGGCUGCUACUUAUUCAGCAGCGCACAAAUAUUGCAUUCCUAGUUUACCACGAGGCAGAUCUAAAAUUCCCAAACACAAGAAGUGCCCGAUGAGAAUAGCGGAGCUGGCUGUGCCAACCAAACGACAAUGUAUUGAUACUUGGAGAAACAAAUCUGAUAUACUACCGGAGUUUAUGGUAGAAAGAUUGAAACAACAUGUGUUGGACCAACGACCAAUUGUAAAAAUACCAGAAGCAAUAAUUUGCUUUCAACGGCGAAGUCCAUCAACAUCAAAAACACGCUGUAAGUCUGCUGAAAAGAAACGAGAAAAUUAUGUAGACCUCUCGAAACCCAGUCGUUAUAUGGAUUCAAGAACCUUAUGUAUAUUAUUUGCACAUAAAAUUACUAAAAGGCUAUCAAAACAUCUAAAUUUAACUUUGAAUUCAGAUUUGAAAAGAUUAUCUAAAAUAAUUCAUGAAGAUAUAGCGAAGUUACUAACUAAAUGUACGUUUAGUAAAAAAACUAAGUAUAAAGCUAUACAUACAGAUGUAUCAAAUAAAAUUACAAUUUGGAUAACAAGUAUUUUAGACGAUUUAUCACUAAAGCUUCUCGAAGAAGAUUUAAGGGAUCUGGAAGAAGAAGAAGGCCCCGUACUGGACUUUAUUGACGACCUAUUUGAUAAUGUUAUAGAUAUAUGCCAACCCCCGCCAAUGCACGUCGAGUCAGAGUCAGAAGAAUCAAACAAAUCAGGAACAUCAGAAGCUAACGAAGUGAUAGAACUACCGGUUGAUACAGAUAUACCUGUGACAAAAGCAGAAGAAAUAUUAAAUACUGCAGAAACUGAAAAUAUGUCUGAUGAAGAGUAUAUACGAAAAGAAAUUCAAAAUGUAAUUGACAACAUUAGAUUUGAUCCUACAGAUUAUUUCAGAAAUGAAAUUGCCAACAUUAUAGAUAAUAUAAACAAAGAAUCCGGAGAUGAUACAAGUAACGGUUCAGGAGAUGUCACUGAUAACGACAUUGAUACAAAUACACUGCCAGCAGAAAUAAAAAGCAAUAAUAAUAAUAACGCAGGCUUAGCUAUAACACUUUCGAUAUAA